UAGCGUGGGCCAAGACCCGCAUUCCUAUUGGCUGAAACCGCCGCGGGUGACGUCACGGACGUACUAAGAGCAGGGUUGGGCCUGGCGUCGGAGCCAUUACUGCAGGAAAAGGUCCCGCAGAGCUGAGCAGUCAAGAUGUGUGACUUCACCGAGGACCAGACCGCAGAAUUCAAGGAGGCCUUCCAGCUGUUUGACCGAACAGGUGAUGGCAAGAUCCUGUAUAGCCAAUGUGGAGAUGUGAUGAGGGCCCUGGGCCAGAACCCUACCAAUGCUGAGGUGCUCAAGGUCCUGGGGAACCCCAAGAGUGAUGAGAUGAAUGUGAAGGUGCUGGACUUUGAGCACUUCUUGCCCAUGCUACAGACUGUGGCCAAGAACAAGGACCAGGGAACCUAUGAGGAUUAUGUUGAAGGCCUUCGGGUGUUUGACAAGGAAGGGAAUGGUACCGUCAUGGGUGCUGAAAUCCGUCAUGUCCUUGUUACACUGGGUGAGAAAAUGACAGAGGAAGAAGUAGAGAUGCUGGUGGCAGGGCAUGAGGACAGCAACGGUUGUAUCAAUUAUGAAGCGUUUGUGAGGCAUAUCCUGUCGGGGUGACGGGCCCAUGGGGCGGAGCUUGUCCGGAUGGUGCUGAAUGGCUGAGGACACCCCCAUAUCUGGAGCCCGUGCCUUGCCCUGUGUGAGAUUUCUGUGUCUCCUUAUCAUAGCACCGUUUGCAUCUGGUCUCUUCUGGAUGAUGUUUGCUGUUAGCAUUCACCAAAUAAAUUUGCUCUCUUUGCCCUA